CUGUGUGCUGCAGAUUGGCCAUCCAAAAGAGAAGUGGGUAUAUGAAGUGGCUGGUGUGCUUAUUUAUCUUAUUUUAAUAUUUUGCAUCUUCCGGGGAGUUUCAUGAGUGCGUAAUAAUAUGGACAGAUAAACAGUGAGAGUGCACUUCUACAACUCAUUUAAGUCAAACUCUUAAGGCUGGUUGUGACGAGAGCUAUAAGACAGAUUGAUGCUGCUCUUUUCUAUUUACCCCCACUCUUCCUGAUGUUUCAGACGUGGGAUUAGAGCACCAUGUUGGAGCCUCCAGAGCUCAGUCUUGAGAUUUUGGAGUGGCUUUCCACCCUCCGCCUCACUCAGUACACCUCCUUCUUCCAUCACAGUGGUUAUCGUUCUCUAGAGGACUGCAAGGACCUCACAGAUGAGCGACUCCUGCAGCUUAAAGUUCUGCCAACUGGUCACCGCAGACGCAUCCUUCGGAGUUUGGAAGAUCAGGGCCUGAAGCAGAAGAGUGGUGAAGAAGUUGAAGCUGAGGAAGAUGUAGAGGGCAAGAUGGGUGAAAAGAAGCCAGCACUGCACCCCAGGCAUGUCUUCCUGAAGGACAGAAAUAAAGGGAUGGCAUAUCCGCACAACCAAACAAAGGAGAAGAUGGAGUAUGAUUUGCAGGGGAGUCACAAUUUGCCUGCAGGAGCAGCGAUGGCAGCAGACGAGGAUAAACUCCCAGAGAGCCGAAAUCUUCAACCACCUGUACCAGCUCCUCGUAACAUCCAAUCGAUUCGGACACCAGCCUCUGCACAGACCAAUAUGCCUUCCCACAGGACAUCUAGCAGCAGCGAAUCCCCAUCCAACUCUGACGCACCCUCAGAUAUUGAGGUUUCUUCAGAGGAGCACCUGCCAGAGCUAGCUGAGGACCAUGAAGGUUUCCAUUGUGAAAUGGUGGACAAUUCAAUAUAUGAGUCACAGCCUUGUGGAGGUCUAAAACCCACUCGCUCCUACCGAUUGAGGCACCGGCCUGUUCCUGAAAUCCCCAAUCAGACCACUGCAUCAGUUCAGGACAGGAGCGCACAAACAAGCAACCCCGAACACCUAACCGGCUCAGAGCGUCCCAUCGGUGCAGACGGCUCACAGAAAGCUCCGCUCCAAAGGACCUCAACAGCCAUUGCCCCGUACGGAGAAACGUUCCUCUACAACAACCCUGAACACACUCUGGAACAAGCUGCUAAAGAAGGGUUGCCGAAGACGUUUAAGGCAAAGAUGAGACAAAAGAAAAAGAGACGAAAAUCCAUGGAGUGUUCAUCAGUACUGUUUGACCCAGAGGUUGCAGAGUACUCCACGGUGGACGAGUGUGUUAGCAUGGUGCCUCGGAUCGGUUUGGACCAAACUUCAGCCUUGAAUCCCAACACCGCUGCUGCUGGCCCACAAUUGUUCGUCAGUAAAGAUGCUUCAGUGAUCGAGAUGGUGGAGUGUUGCCUCUACUCACAGCAUGCAGAUGCUCGAGGGGCCAUCACCAAGAGUGCUCAGCCUGAUAUUUCUCCAUAUGCAUGCUUCUAUGGAGCCCCCAAACAACAAGUGCUCAAAGUGGGCUGGCUGGACAAGCUUUCACCUCAAGGAAAAUGUGUUUUUCAGAGGAGGUGGGUGAGGUUUGAUGGUGAAAGUUUGGCUUACUUCAACAAUGACAAGGAGAUGUACUCUAAAGGGAUGGUCCUGGCCAGCGCCAUCAGACAGGUCCGAGGACUCGGAGACAACAAGUUUGAGGUUGUCACUUCCCUUCGAACGUUCGUAUUUCGAGCUGAAAAAGAAGGGGAGCGCCAGGAGUGGAUGGAAAUUCUUCAGACGGCCACGCACCCCCCUGCCUGCAGCUCCCAGAAGUGCUCCGACAACCUACUCCUCCUCUCUUCCGCAAACAAGCGAGGCUUGCUGGAGCUCCGUGGUUACAAAGGCAGAGUGCUGGCGUCCCUGGUGGGGAGUAAAGUCAGGCUCUGCAAAACAGAACAGGAUUACAGAGCAGGUCUUGGUAUCGCCGAGGUGGAACUGACUGCCGCUACCAUCCGAGACGCGGACCGCAGGAGCUUCGAAAUCAACACACCCUUUAAAAAUUUCUGCUUUGUGGCGGACUCAGAACGGGAGAAGGGGGAGUGGAUUGAAGCGGUCCAAGAAUCGAUCACGGAGACACUCUACAACUAUGAAGUGGCAGAGAAGAUCUGGUUCAACAAGGCCAACAGGAGCUGCGCAGACUGUCGCGCCCCACGGCCAGAGUGGGCUGCGGUCAACCUGGGUGUGGUCAUCUGUAAGAAGUGUGCAGGACAGCACCGCUCUCUGGGUCCCAGUCUGUCGAAGGUGCGGAGCCUAAAGUUGGACACCAGUGUCUGGAGCAACGAACUUGUGGAGCUCUUCCUAGAGGUGGGGAACAAAAGUGCUAACGAUUUCUGGGCUGCUAACCUUCCCAUGGAGGAAGAGCUUCAUAGUGCAGCGACAACUGAGCAGAGAGCCACCUUCAUUCGCAGGAAGUACCGGGAGAGAAAAUACAUGAAGGUCCUGGAGGGUUUUCAUGACCUGGAGCAGCUUAAUAAGGCAUUAUGUGCAGCUGUGGUGACACCCGACACUCUUCAGACCAUGAUGCUGGUGUUCAGUGGUGCAGAUGUCAUGUGUGCCACUGGAGAUCAGACUUUCUCAACCCCUUAUCUCCUGGCUCAGCAUGCUGGGCAAAAACUACAGAUGGAGUUUUUGCAUCACAACAAACUUUCUGACUUUCCAAAACUGGAGCAUCUACUGGAAAACACCUCCUUGUCCAGUGCCUCGCAGUUUAUGGAUGGCUUCCUCUACAUCUCCACUGGACCCACCAAGGCAACACUGGAUCGCCGUGGAAAAGACGACAUGGUACGUCGCUGGUGUACGUUGGAGGCUGGCUUUCUGAGUUAUUACGAGAGCGAGCGAAGCACUUUAGCCAUUGGGAGGGUUGACGUCACAGAGGUGGUCAGCCUGGCAAUCAACAACUCAGAGACAAUGACUGGAGCUGGGGCUGUGUUUACUGUCGAGCUGUUUCUACAGACGGAGCGGGCGCUGAUCGUCGGUGCCGGAACGCAGGCCACGCAGCACGACUGGAUCCAGGCACUAACAAAGUGCUUUGUCCCGUCUAAAGUUGAAGGAUUAGUGAGGAGGAGCAGCGAAGUGAUUGGCAGACUCUACUGCAAAGAAGGUCAUGAUCUUUAUCACUGGAGGAUGGGCUGGUUCAUGCUGGAAGGUUCUGUCCUGCACUUCAACUUAGGAGAUGACAAGGGAGAAGACGAAGUUCUUCAGCUCAAGCAGCUACAGGAGCUCAGUAAGUUCAAGAGAUUAUUAAUCUCAUUUCAACUUUAGCUUCAGCUAGAUUGUGACUGAUCUUGGCGUAUAGAGAAGUUCACGGUCGACUAAAAGCUGCCCAGUUCAUCAGCCGACCACCGCCGUGCUGACAGCUGCUAUGCAGUGUUCAGUAUUUAGUUUCCAUAUGUGCUGCUGUGCAUUGUGGGUAAAUAUGUUUUACUUUGAAGCACUUUCACACAAGAACUGUUAACAUGGACCAGAGUUUGCAAAGUUCUGGGUUCCCUUGCACGUGAGCCCUGGUGCAGUUAGCACAGUGAUGUUGAGUGAUAUGGAAAAGGUUCACAAUUGAUAUUCGUCAGGGCAACAAAUGGCAAAGGGUGAUACAGUAUUCAUGCAGGUGAUGUUCAGAUGUUUACACCUUUUGUGGCCCUGACAUGUCUCUCAUGUGAGGGAUUGGUGUUUUCCCAUUUUCAUUGGCUAUGUGAUGCAUCUAUCACAUACUGGCUACUUGAUGCAAUAUUGACCAUUUGAUGCAUUUAACAAACACAUCAGUACAGUUUUUGAGCUCCACACAAGACUAGAGGGUGCCCCUUACGACCCGUCUGUUGGAUCAGGUAAGAUGUUGAUCAAAAUGUUGAAGAUCAUAUGAGGAUGUUAACAGAAAAGUAUAGUUAGAGGCUCAUCUGAAGGAAUUUUGUGUUUUCAACGGUAUGUUAUGUUGGAUUGUGGACAUAAGAUUGGUGGACUAACUACUUUCUUGGAGUACAUUUUUGGACCCUUGUAGA